UGUAUCAGAAGUCCCGGAUGAAUAAAUCUUAAGAAAUGGACCAAGAUAAUCUAAGCCAAAGCCAGACACAAGAUGACAACCCAAAGGGAGCAGCAGAAACUUCAGCACCUCCAGCUCCAGCAUCAGAUACAGCGGCUCCGGUUACAGAUCCCACCGCCGGCCAGUCGCCGGCUCCUGCCAGGCCUCGACGGCCCCAGAGAAGUGCCAGAGUAGAGGGCUCUGUUGACAUCUCUGAACCCAAAGUUGAGCCCACAGCUGGACCCACUCCUGCUACUAACCAGGCCGAGUGUGCUCCUGAUGGCUCUGUGGCAAGUCGUCCCAAACCGUCUCGUCCUGGAGCUGUCAAACCCUCAGGAGAGCGCAUCGGGCCCAGUGAUAAAGUUGGUCCUAAAGGACCAGGCCACCACCCAGUUAGGGCUGCCUCCGUCCCCCACCCACCUGCCAGCAGACCCGUGGCUCCUCAUCUGAACCCUCAUGCACAGAGAGCUCUCUCUGUAGCAGGGACAGCUGACACUCAGGCCCAGACUAUGGAAGACUUCAGGCUGCACAUCAUCACUUGGAACGUGGGUUCGGCCACGCCACCUGAUGACAUCACUUCCUUGCUGGGGCUGAAUGUGGGUGAUGGAAACACAGAUAUGUACAUCAUCGGGCUGCAGGAAGUGAACUCUAUGAUUAACAAAAGGCUGAAAGAUGUCCUCUUCACAGACCAGUGGAGCGAGGUCUGCAUGGAGAGACUCAGCCCCUUCGGUUAUGUGCUGGUGACCUCCCAGCGGAUGCAGGGUUUGUUACUGCUGGUCUUUGCCAAGUACUUCCAUUUGCCCUUCCUCCGCGGAGUCCAGACUGAGACCACCCGCACUGGCCUGGGGGGUUACUGGGGGAAUAAAGGUGGUGUGAGCGCCCGCAUGUCAGUGUUUGGACACACCAUCUGCUUCCUCAACUGCCACCUGCCGGCUCACAUGGAAAACUCCGAGCAGCGCAUGGAAGACUUUGAGAGCAUCCUGCAGCAGCAGCAGUUUGAGGGCCAGGCUGCCACCGGGGUUCUUGACCACGAUGUGGUGUUCUGGUUUGGGGAUCUCAAUUUUCGCAUCGAUGACCUGGAUAUGCAAGUGGUAAAAUCGGCCAUCGAUAACAACAAGUUUACAAUGUUGUUGGAAAAGGAUCAGCUCAAUAUGGCCAAAGACAGUGAGACGGUGUUGGAGGGUUUCCAGGAAGGGCCGCUGAAAUUCCCUCCCACCUACAAGUUUGAUGUUGGAACAGAUACAUAUGACACAAGUGGGAAGAAGCGUAAACCAGCUUGGACCGACCGGAUCCUGUGGCGCCUGAGAGCCACUGCUACUGCCAGCGCAGGGAAGCGUAGCUCCAUAUCAGGGCUGACCAGCGGGACCAAAGUGACACAGCACUACUACCGAAGUCACAUGGAAUACACCGUCAGUGACCACAAACCAGUCUCCUCCAUCUUUACCCUGCAGUUCCCAUACAGGGUGGAUGUCCCGCUGGUCACUCUCAUGGUGGAGGAUGAGUGGACCAGUAUUGCUGAUGCCACAGCGAAAUUCAAACUGGUGCCCAACUACCCUCGCAGCUCCUGGGACUGGAUUGGACUGUACAAGGUGGGUUUCAAGCACCAUAAGGACUAUGUGGGAUAUGUGUGGGCCAAACAAGAGGAGGCUGAUUUCCAGCGACAAGAGCAUCAGGUAACCUUUACUGAGGAGGAAUUGCCCAAAGGCUCAGGGGACUUCAUCUUGGGUUACUAUAGCAACAACAUGAGCACCAUUGUGGGUGUAACAGAGCCAUUUCAGAUCCAGCUCCCAACUUCAGGUCUCGACGCCAGUUCGUCAGACAGCUCUGACUUCAGCUCGGAGGACGACAGCACCGUUGUCCUCAUGAAGACGAGGUCCCGCAGUCCCAGUCCACGCAAAUCCAAGCACCGCCAUCACAGCGGCAGCAGCAGUCGCAGCCGCUCCGGAAGCCCUACACAGGCCAAAAUGAAGGUGCUCAACGUCACUGAUGGAUCCUCGUCCAGCACCACGAUAACAGCUGAGAGCAAGUCCAAACGGCGUCCAGCAGAGGGCAGCGGCAGCCACCAGUCUGCUCCUUCAGUGAGGGAAAAAGACACAGAGGGUUCAGGGGUGUGAUGCACAACCUGGUCCUGCUGUUGUCACAGGUCACAUAACCAACUGUUGUGUCUUUUCUUAAAUACAUCCACUGCGCUGUAUGUUUUCUGUAAUGAAAAUAUACAGUUUCUGAUGCCAUCCUUUUCAGGAACAGCCGUCUGGUUCGUCCAGAGGGCUUACUUUGCCUUGAGUUGUUCUAUUAAGCUGUGCACAUUGUAUAUUUUGAUUUGUAAACCUUUCACUCUGUCCUUUGUUUCUUCUACCUUUGUCCGUUCUCAGGUGUGGACAGUACAGGGAGCUGACACCUUGCAUUGGGAAAUACUCAAGGAUGUUAUCAUCAUGUAGAGUAAAAGAGUGGUUAUUUGAUGCUUUUUAGAAACCAUCUUCCUCAUAUUGCAAAGAUUUGAAACUCUGCACUGAUGUAACAAGCAGUCACGUCAGCAGACUGCAUACCAACGACAGCUUUUGAGACGAGGAGUGGGACAUACUUGACACAGACAUUGCUCACAAAUCACCCACUUUGCUUUAGUUGUGGAACAUGUAUUUAUUAUGAAACAAAUCUGCUCAGACCAAGAGACGCAGUGAAAAAGAGCGUUUUUUUUUUUUUGCAAAACAUCCCAAAUAGGCAUCACCAGCUUUGUCAACAAUCACUCACAUUAUCAGCUUCUGCAAAUUUACAAAUGGAGAUAGCCAUGCAGUUUGACUUGGCAGUAUGGGUUCACUCGUGUGGACGUUUCCUGCUGUGGAAAUCCAGCGUGCAUUACACAACAACGUGAUUCGUAUACAUAACACACAGGGAGUAUUUCAGAUGAUCCACCAAUAGGAAUAAAGUUCCUCCAAGGUGCAUGAAAAAACAGAACAGAAACAAAGUGGGAGGAGAUGGAGUUCAGGGGGCUCGGCCGCCGGUCAUGGCAGCAGCACAGCACAUGUCAGCGUACAGAGGGAAUGUGAGCAUAAAGGCCUUUAAAUAGAGCGCCAAAUCAGUGCAGUGGGAUGUGAUGGGUGUGGGAGGCUAGCUGUCAGCCAACACAGCAAAGCUGUCUUGCCAGAACUCGGUGAUUAAUUAUUGGCCACUAACUCCGCAUGGCCAACUUCAGUAGUAACAACUACAGCAAAAUCUGACCCAGGAAGCAUUUACAGUAUAUAACUUGGACACAUGUCUUUAUGUGGGUUAAUGAGCCUAACUUAACAGCAGCAGAGUUGAUUUUUGAAAUAAGUUACCCAGGAAACAAAAAGAAAUUGCAUCAUAUUUGUUUUUAUUUCAUUUUUAAUAUUUAUUAAAUUAAAAUUUUUUUUUUGCAAUCUGGAUAUAUCUGACAAAUGUGAGCAGGAACUCUACUAUGUAGAGCAACUACAGGGCUUUGUAUUAUACUGUAAAUAUAAUACAAAGCUGACAUGUUCCACUUUUAUGAAAUAUCAUAAUGCUAAUGUGAUAUUUCAAAUAAAUGAAAUGGUC